AUGUCCGCUCCCAAGCGCGCGAGGCACUCCGGAUCGUUCUCACCUGCGUCGCCGCCGUACUAUCAGCACGCCAAGCCGGACGCUUCCUCACCUUCGAAAAUCGCCGCCCUUCAACCCAACACACCCACCUCGCCUCCGCACAUGUCUUCGAAUUCACAGUCCUACGCUUCGUCUCAUGCCACCGAUUCGUCCGGUCCGACCGCUUCAACGCCGAUUAGCCACGUUCCGAGCGCAGCAUCUCAGCCCACCCAGAAUGAUCACUUGGAUGCGAUGAUGGUCGAUGACUCUUCGAGAAUCUCGACCGUCGCUUCGGAAAAGAAGUCGCCCGACCACACUAUUAUCCACAAUACCGACGUUAUCAUGUCAGAGACGGAAGAUCACAGACGGUCGGAUCAUGAUAGGCAAGGGGAGCCUGGGUCGCGAGCAGAUGCCAAAAAGGCGGCAGAGGACCGGCAAGAGGCAGAUUCGGAUGACGUCUUCUACAAGCUUUGCAGAACCCAACACGCCAAAUCUCGGCCGCAUCCUUCGCAGAACCUCAUCUCCUUGUACAAACUCGAUCCGUUAGCGGCCUCCGUGGCACGGUUCGACCCCACCACAGGCGAGAAGAUCAACAAGCUGCGAAAAUCGUAUGAGGGCAAGGUGAAGCAGAUGGGACUGGCGGGGAAGUCACGGGCCGUUCACACGCCUGGGGAACUCAUGCAAAUGAUGAGCUAUCCGGAUGAAGACUGGUAUGCGACGCACGUUCACAGCAAAGCGAUCGACCGACCGCGCAACAACGCCAGAAUGGCACGAGCUCUCAGCAUGGCACCGGGACGCAUGCCCAAUUCCGUCAGCGAGACUUACAGAGCAUUGGUCUCGGACGAUAUACGCAACAAACCUGCAACCGUUGCCAUGAAGAAGCCUGCUGGGACUGUCAGUGGUGUUCGAUCGGCUCCUUCAUCUGCACGUCCGUCAGCUGCGCCUUCGCCUAUGUCGAGACCUAGCCGAUCGGGAAAGAAGCGCAGCUAUGUGGAUGAGAGUUUCGUUGGAUAUGAAGGGUUUGGGGAGGAGGCGACCGGGGACGAUGACCGCGGUUAUUCGAAAAAGAAGCGGAGAAAGGUGAGGAAUUAA